AUGAUCGCGAUUCCCGGGGGCGGCGGCGGCGGCUGCUGGCUCCGAGGAGCCUCUGUGACAUCCCCCGGCGAGCCCCGCACCGCCUCCUGGCAGGUACGGGUGACUCACACAGUCACUCGCGCCCGCCCCUCGCGCUCACUCGCUCCCCCGCCUAGCCGCCGCCGCGCAGGCCAAACCCACUGGCGCGCCUGGACCGAAGUGGCAGGGAACGUGCACGUCGGGCACCCUGGGAGGGAGGGCGCAGCGGGGGAGGGGGCGGGCAGAGACCCGGAAAGCUCCGCAGACCGCCGCGGGUGCGACUUUGCGGCCUGGGGAGCGAGCCUCGCGCCACCGCCGCCGCAGGCCGGGGAGCCCAGCCAGAGGCACCCUCAUCCCAGGCUGACUGACAUCCCUGGCACCCAAAUGUCGCAGGGAGUGCGGGGCCAGGGUGCGCCCUCCCUCCUCCUCCAGCCAGUAAAACCGGGGACAGCAGCACCCAGUCUCAGGGCGGAGGCCAUCUCUGCUGCGCGCAGCGACGCGCCCAGGCCCAAGGGCCGGAAGAUCCGCGGGGAACCCGGAGACCCGCGUCCCAGAGGCGCCGAGGGUUGCACCGCGCCCGCUCCCACGGGCCUCUUCCGAGAGGACGCUUCCCGCGCGUGUCCGCGGGAAGUCCUCGGAUCCUGGAUGAGAAAGAGCCUUCUCUCACCGGCUCCCAGACCCAGUGCUUUUUAAUACCUGUCCUUGCAGAGCGACUGGUCAUUUUUGGCCCGAGGCAAGCUUCUCUUGAUUAAUAAAUGACCACGGCUCGUUUU